AGUAUUUACUAGUACUUUCUUGCUUACAACCGUAUCUCUCUCGCUGAGCUUUACUUUCUGCUUCUCAAACUCUUUACAACAACCUUCAAUUCUCUCGUCUCAUGUGAUCCCUAAAAAAGACUAUCAAGGAAUUAAAAGAGACAAAAACGACGAAAAUACUCAUCCUCAUAAGCAUGACUUCAGCGUCACCGGGUCAUCGGAGAAAAUUCUCCGGCAAGGACCCGCCGCGUAAACUCCAGCCGGAGAAACAUUCCGUUCGUCGAUUUGCACCCGCUCCUCUGACGCUUAAGCUUCCGUUGCAAAGCAGUAAUGACUCUUUCCUUCGGCCGUCGAAGCUGUUGCUGAACGUUACCAUCGAAAGCUGCUUGGGCGCCGUACAGGUGCUGUUGUCGCCGGAGGACACCGUCGCUGAUUUGAUAAAGGCUGCGUUGGCGUUCUACGAGAAGGAGAAGAGGAGGCCCUUCUUGAAGAACACUGAUCCCAAGUGCUACGACCUUCACUUCUCUUCCUUCACCCUUGAAAGUUUGAAGGCAGAUGAUAAGUUAGUGAGCUUGGGGUCAAGGAAUUUUUUUCUAUGCUCUAAGCCUCCAAGCGCUACUUGCUUUGAGAAAAAGAAUAUGGCAAUUGAUUCUGCAUUUCCUUGGAUGGUAUUCGUCCCACUGCUGCUUUAGAUUGGGACCGUAUGAAUCUCAGUUUGAUGAACAACACGCCCCUCUUUCAACGCUUUUAUCCGGUCUGGCCUGAUUGCCUUUUGUUGUGUACGCCCCUCAGUUUGAUGAACAUGGCAAGUGAUAUCAGAAGGUCAUUUCUCAUCAUUUUUAAGGAUAACUAACUAUUUUUUUUAGAGUCCACAUCAACAAAAAGAUUUGACGACACCUGAUGUGGCUCCUUGCUACUUGGACUUUACCCAGGAGUCGGGCUAAUUAUAUAUUCAAUCAAAUGAUGUUAAGCAUAUUUCUUAUUCGUUCUUAUGAAACAAUUCAAUCAAAUAAUGUUAAGCAUGUUUUUUAUACGUUCUUGUGAAA